ACGGCUUAUUGCGAGAACGAGCGGAGACCCACAGAUCUAUCGAAUAGCUUUUUUCCCUCGAAGCGCGGCAAAUUGGGAUCGGAUUUCUAUGGGAUUUGGAAGAGGUGGCCAAGAACAAGCACAUGGAGGGAUCCACUUCUGACACUGAUGGAGCGGGAAUUGCCAAUGGAAAUGGAGCCACCGAUCGCACCGAGGCAGAGAGUAAGCAAAAUGGCAUUGGGAAUACCAAUGGCGACACCAGAAAAGAUGCAACUUAUUCAGCGACAACGGUGACAUCACCUUUGUUGCUCAAUGCCAAUCAAGCAUCAUACAAUUCAACGACCGCUGCGCAACGCACUGAGAAUGGAAGGAAUGAAGAUGGAACUAAGAAAGAUGACGAUCUCAGCGAUUCCUCCAAACGCGCAACCUCGUCCAAGCAUGUCCGCAUGGCGGAGCAUCUGCAGCGUCCACACCUCGCUGCUAAUCACCGUAGUCUUAGUGAUGCGAUGAGAGCAGUACGGAGCCGUGAGGAGCAAGAAACGCUCCUCACUGAUGAUGAAAUCGCGGACCCAGAUGGCUGCUUGAGAGAAGACAGUAGUCGACUUGGACCUCGUGAAGUCUUUCAUCCAGACCCACACAGUGCGCUCGAUGUCUACUAUACUAUUCAUCGAGUAAGGAGAUUGGUACUAGCGAGCAUUGAUGACCCGUACAGCAUUGAACAAAUGAAGGAGCCAAGAAUGAACGUUCUGAUUGUAAAGCCUCUUGUAGAUCGGCUGUACGAUGAGGACGAUGUUUCAGUCGUCUACUGCUUGUUGGUUAAUAGGAUGCAAUUCCUUCAUGAACAAUCUUUCCAGCCCCAUCAUCAAAGUGUUAAUCUCACGCGUGCGAAUUUAUGCGAACUGGUAGCUUUGAAGAUGCUGCGGUUAUACGACGAGGACAAAAGCGGCCGACCAGGCCUGCUUAGACUUGCCAACAUUCUUGUUGCGCCAUUCCAACCAUUCCAGAAUGCUCCUCCAGAGGUUUGUCCCGAGCGAUCUGAAUGGCACUAUCAAAAGCAAGGUGGCUACGAGGGCAAAUUGACCGCUCUGGAGGUGGCGAUCGUAUCUGAAAGCAAACUAUUCCUUAGCAGCUCGGCGUCCCAGAAGAUUAUAGAUGCUGUGUAUCGCGGUAGGAUCGUUUAUACGCCAACUGCAUUCCUCGAUAUCAUUCCCGAUCAUUACAAGCAUAAGCCUAUCUCUUUAUACGAUCCUCGCAAAGCGCCAUUGCUCAACCAGUACCGACUCAUCGUACCCCGGAACCGUAACAUUAUCGAAGUCGUUCAGUUCAUAGUUCUAUUGGGUCUUUACUGCUUGUGCAUGAUGAACAGAGACAGCACCGCCAAUAGCAACUUCACUGCACCCGAAGCGUGGUUCAUGGUGUAUGCUGCUGGCUGGGUUUUGGAUGAAUGCCUGUCGGUCCUGGAACAUGGAUGGGUCGUCCAUACUCAGGAACUAUGGGCGUUCCUUGAUCUCACAUUCGUCUUUAUCUACUGGCUUUACUUCAUAUUGCGGAUCUACGGAUUUGUGACUGGCGAUGCCGAAGCUGGGCGGCAAGCACUCGACAUUCUUGCUAUUGCAUCCCCAGUAGUAUUUCCUCGUCUUGCUUUCAACCUCAUGCCAGAGAAUAUGCUUUUCAUCUCCCUCCGAGCCAUGGUGAAGGAAUUUACCGCACUUACACUCAUCGCUGUUUGGUGUUUCGGCGGCUUUCUCCUCGCACUCAAGUGGCUCUCCAUGGGGAACCCCAACAUCGACUUCGCCGACUCUCCCGCACCCGUCACCAUCUCCAAAUGGAUGCUCUGGAUUUGGUUCGGACUUGACGGCACUGGCAUUCAACAGGCUCCGCGCUUCCAUGAAGUUCUCGGACCAACCUUGAUGGUGAUUUAUGCCUUCCUCGGCAAUACGCUCUUCCUCACAGUUCUCGUCUCGAUCCUCUCCAACACGUUCUCCAAGAUCGCCGCCUCCGCUACCGCCGAAAUCCAGUUUCGCCGCGCUGUCACCACGUUCGAGGGCGUGAAAUCCGACUCUCUCUUUGCAUACCGACCCCCCUUCAACAUCCUCGCCCUCUUCAUCCUUCUCCCUCUCAAAUUCUUCCUUACACCUCGCUGGUUUCACAAAAUCAACAUCACCCUCGUCCGCAUACUUAAUGCCCCAAUUCUCCUCCUCAUCGCCCUCUAUGAGCGCAAAUACCUCUGGAACGCUCCGCGCCCACAACGCACGCUCGGACCGUCCAAGCGCGAAACAUGGAGCAUCUGGAGCUGGAAGAGUUUCAGUCCGCAUUCAGAUCUGCAAAAAGUGUUCGAAGAGGAGCCACCGCAAUCUGUCUGCGAGAGGAUAGAAGAGCAAGACGAAUUGGAAGACGCCAUUUUGGAACAGAGUUUUGCUGGGACGGGUGUCGGACAGAGGGGAAUCAGUCCCGGAAGCUUCCGCGUCGGAGGUAGGCGCAGGAGAUUGAGCAGUGUCUGGCACGAAUGAUUCGUCACUUCAUCCCA